AUGUCCAGCCCCCAGUCCCACUCGAGGGGACAGCGCGGGGCUCUGCUGAUGGGUCAGCUUGAGCGGGUCCUCCCCCAUGCCACCACCUCACCCACCCUGUCCCAGGCGGGCACCCAGCCCCUGGACCCCACUGCUCUGUCUCCACCCUGUCUCCCCACGCCCGGCUGGAUGGGCCCUCCCGCCGGGCUCACCUUCCACUCGGACUACACCUCCUUGGAGCCCCCUGGGACCUGUUCUGGUCCGCCCUCCACCUCACACCUCCUGAGGGAUGUUCUCCAGGCCUCCAAGGGCCCUCAGCCCUCGGUCGUGAGGAAGCCGCUGCGGUCUCUCCAGCCUCGUCCUUGCCGCCCCCCUUGCGGCCCCGGCCCCCUUCCCCACCCAUUCUUCUCAUCGCUGCAGGUCCCGGGCCCGCUAAGGGGUGCCCCCGGCUGUCCCCGCCAGCCCCCCGCCCUCCAGACAGCGAGGCCUCACUCAGCGUCCACCCCCGGCUUCCCUCCCCACUCCUCGGGUUCCCUGGACACCACGAACAACGACACACGAAGUCCCAGUGUGCCCCGGCCGGUAACCCAGCUUUCCUGCUUCCGGUCCGCACAGCCUGACUCCCCGUGUGACCGGUACGCCCCGCACAAGCGUCCUCCGAGCUUCCUGGGGCUGUUGUGA